AUGGGGCGGAGCUGCAGCACGGGAACAUCACGCGCAACAAGUACGCACACCGCUCGGAGGCCCACAGCUUCGAGGAGUCCUGGCUCCAAUGGCUGGUUUCCCGGCUUCGACCUCUUCUUCGCGAUUCUGGUGAUCUCCAACUCUGUGCUCAUCGGCGUGGAGGUCCAGCUCAGCCUCUCAGGCCCAAGCUCCUUGGGCAUGCGCGUCGCGCAGUACGUGUACACGGCCUUCUUCAUUGUGGAGCUGCUCCUCCGCGUUUUGGCCCACGGCUGCGGUUCCUUCUUCUGCGGCGAGGACUGGUCCUGGGCCUGGUUCGAUUUCUUCAUCGUGAUGUCCUCCGCGUAUGAGGUGAUUACGGACCUUGUGGGCGCUAUGGAAGAUGAGAGUGGCAUCUCGGGGGCGACCGCCCUGCGGGCGCUGCGGGUGGUGAGGGUGGCCAGAGUUGUCAAGACGCUGCGUGUGGUGAGGAUCUUCCGCUUCGUCUUCGCCCUGCGAACACUGGUGACGUCUAUUUUGAGCACGCUGAAGUCGCUCUUUUGGGCUUUGGUGCUUUUGGGUCUCAUCAUGUACAUAUUUGCAGUUCUGUUUACUCAAGCAGUCAACGAUCACCUCGUCGACCCGGACAGCCCGUCCAUGGAGGCCAAGGAGUUGAUGGCUGCGCAUAACUACUAUGGCUCCUUAUUCGACACGAUGCUCAGCUUAUUCAUGAGCAUUUGUGGCGGCGUCAGCUGGGAGGACGUGAUCGCGCCAUUGAAGGUGAUCUCCGUGUUAUGGACAAUUAUUUACGUUUUUUACAUAGCUUUUGUGUAUUUUGCGGUGCUUAAUGUAAUAACUGCGGUUUUCUGCGAGUCAGCGAUUGAGAGCGCCCAGAACGAUCACGCAGUAGCAGUGCAGACUGUGAUGGCUCACAAGGAGGUGCACUUGAGAAAGAUCCGGGCUCUUUUCGAGAAGCUAGGCGGUGGCGACAUGGGCGUCAUCACAUAUGCAAACUUCGAGGAGGGGAUUAAUAGCCAAGCAGUGCGCGAGUAUUUCGAAACCAUCGGCCUGGAUGUGUUGGAUGCCUGGACUCUAUUUAAUCUGCUGGAUUUGGAUGCCGGUGGCUCAAUUAGCGUCGAGGAGUUUUUCAACGGAUGCCUGCGUCUCCGGGGGAAUGCAAAGUCCAUUGACCUCGCGAAGAUCAUGCAUGACCAAUCCUGGCUAGUCAGGAACCAUGGCAGGUUUCAGACCCACAUGGAGUUGGAAGUGCAGCAGCUGAAGGAGCAGAUCACAAAGCUCAUUAAAAUGAGCUCCGGUUUAGGCAUACGUGAGGCGAAGGUGUAG